AUGAUUAAUGAGCUAUUUCAUUAUAAUAUCAUCAUCAUUAUUCAAUCUGUCAUUAAUAAAAAAAGGAGGGAAACUUCAUGUUCAUUCAGAGUGGAUAAUACAUCUUAUGCAUUUUGUGGAAAUGAUGCGACUUGUAUAUUUGAAAGACAUGCUUUUGUGGAAUUUGAAGAUAUAAAUGGUGCUGAAAAUGCAUAUAAUGGAUAUCACGGUACUUUAAUUCUUCAAGAUCAUAAAAUAAAAUUAUCAUGGGAUAAUCGAGCUUCAAGUGACAAAGCAAAUGAUAUUUCCACCGUUGAUGUUGCUAACAAUGGGCAUAACAGUGAUAAAACAAGUAAUACUACUGGUUACAUGUAUGGGACUGAUGCGGGUAUUUGUCAGGGCUGGUGA